CUCUCUGACUGUCAUGAUGUGAGGAGGACACUGGGGGCGCUCUCACUCCUCCAUGGCUACAUCUCCACCCACGCCGCGCCCAAGAGUAUCCCUCACCGCAGUGUAGCACAUGGAUUUCAAGACUCCAAAUGAAGAGACAAAGACUGGGAUUUAUUUGAUGCAAGAAGGGAAUGAGGAGCCGUACAAUAUCAGACUACACUUGGUCAAGGAUAUUCUGACCAUCCAAGAACAAGAUGUCAUCUGCGUGUCAGGAGAGCCCUUUUACUCCAGCGAGAGGACAGUAACCAUCCGCAGACAGACCAUCGGCGGCUUUGGCCUGAGCAUCAAGGGUGGAGCCGAGCACAAAAUUCCCGUUGUGAUCUCGAAAAUAUCAAAGGAACAAAAAGCUGAACUCUCCGGGCUGCUUUUCAUCGGUGACGGGAUCCUUCAGAUAAAUGGAAUAAACGUUCGCAGCUAUCGUCAUGAAGAAGUGGUGCAGGUUUUAAGGAACGCCGGCGAGGAAGUGACUCUGACGGUUUCGUUUCUGAAGAAGACACCAGCGUUUCUCAAACUGCCCCUGUGUGAAGACUGCACCUGUAUCCCCAGCGAUCAGAGCAGUGGAACCUCUUCUCCUCUGUGUGACAGCGGCCUGCACCUGAACUACCAUCCCAACAACACGGACACUCUGUCUUGUUCGUCGUGGCCCACGUCCCCAGGCCUGCGCUGGGAGAAGAGAUGGGUGGACCUCCGCCUCAUCCCCCUGCUCCACUCCCGCCUGUCCCAGUACACGCCGGGCUCAGACGUCUGCAGGAAAAAUGCCUUCCAGGUGAUAGCUGUGGACGGGGUGUGCAGUGGAGUCGUCCAAUUCCAAACCGCAGACGACUGUUUGGACUGGCUCCAGGCCAUCGCCAGCAACAUCUCCAACCUCACCAAGCACAAUGUGAAGAAGAUUAAUCGAAACUUUCCAGUAAACCAGCAGAUCAUUUAUAUGGGCUGGGUGGAUGAGAAGGAACAGGACUCGGUGCAAGAUCGAAUGUACUCCCCAAAGUUCCUCGCUCUGAGAGGCUCGUCUCUGUUCAAGUUCACAGCUCCUCCGGUGACAACGUGGGACUGGACCAGAGCAGAGAAGAGCUUCACCGUCUAUGAAAUCAUGUGCAAGAUACUGAAGGAUAACGACCUGGUGGACAAACGUCGCCACUGCUUCAGCGUGCAGACGGAGACGGGGGAGGACCUGUUCUUCAGUGUGGAGCUGGAGUGUGAGCUGCUGACUUGGGAGAAGGCCUUCCAGAUGGCCACGUUCCUGGAGGUGGAGCGGAUCCAGUGUAAGACGUACGCCUGCAUCAUGGAGAGCCAUCUGAUGGGGCUGACGAUAGACUUCAGCAUGGGCUUUGUGUGCUUCGACGCUGCCUCCAAGGCGGUACUUUGGAGAUACAAGUUCUCUCAGCUCAAAGGCUCGUCGGACGAUGGCAAAAGCAAGAUCAAGUUUCUGUUCCAAAACCAGGACUCCAAAUCGAUCGAAGCAAAGGAGCUGGAGUUCUCAAACCUUUUCGCCGUGCUCCAUUGCAUCCAUGCUUUCUUCGCUGCCAAAGUGGCCUGUCUGGACCCCAUGUUUGUGGAGAGCCAAGCCAACGCCACCGCCACCACUGGCAUCUCCUCGCUGUCCGGGAUCUCCUGCAACUCGCAACCUCCCAAACUCAAGUACGUCACUUGA